AUUAACAAUAAUUAAACUCUAUUUAUGAUGCUGAUUUCUCUAAUCAGAACAGGCUUUCUUAUAAGCUAGGAUGGAGACCCACAACCUCACAGUAGUGACUGAAUUCAUCCUGAUGGGAGUAACUGACCACCCUGAGUUACAGGCCCCAUUGUUUGGACUGUUUCUCAUCAUCUAUCUGAUUUCACUGGUGGGCAACUUGGGCAUGAUUAUCCUCACCAUGGUGGAUUCUAGACUGCAAACACCCAUGUACUUCUUUCUCAGACAUCUUGCUACUACAGAUCUUGGUUAUUCAACAGCUGUGGGUCCCAAAAUGUUAACAAAUUUUAUUGUUGGUCAAAACAGAAUAUCCUUUAACCUUUGUGCUACACAGGUAGCCUUUUUUCUUCUGUUCAUUGCUUGUGAACUCUUUAUUCUGUCUGCAAUGUCCUAUGACCGCUAUGUGGCCAUCUGUAAGCCUCUGCUUUAUAUGGUCAUCAUGUCAAAAAGAGUAUGUUGGGUGCUGGUGGUAAUUCCUUAUCUUUACUGCACAACUGUGGCUCUUCUAAUCACAAUUAAAAUUUUCACUUUGUCUUUCUGUGGCUACAACAUCAUCAGUCAUUUCUACUGUGACAGUCUCCCUUUGUUAUCUUUGGUCUGCUCAAAUACACAAGAAAUUGAAGUGAUAAUGCUGUUCUUGGCAGCUUUUAAUUUGAUUUCCUCUCUCCUAGUUGUUCUUGUGUCCUACCUGCUCAUCCUCAUAGCCAUUCUCAGGAUGAACUCUGCUGAGGGCAGACGCAAGGCUUUCUCCACCUGUGGGUCCCACCUGACAGUGGUCACUGUCUUCUAUGGGACUUUGAUAUUCAUGUAUGUGCAGCCCCAAUCCAGUCACUCCUUUGACACAGAUAAAGUGGCUUCGAUCUUUUACACCCUGAUCAUCCCCAUGUUGAAUCCCUUGAUCUACAGCUUGAGGAACAAGGAUGUAAAAGAUGCCCUUCAUAGGACAGGGAAAAAAAUACACAGUGUUUUCCUUUGAAAUACAGGUAGGAUUGGAGUCCUUCA